AUGACAACUUCACCCUCCAGCAGCAACGAGAGUGGCACAGAGGACUCUGUGUCCGAAUGCAAAUCCGACCAGAGCCUCUCAACUGGCUACUACCCCACUGAGAACACAUUUUCCUAUGAAGAGAUGGCCUCCUGUGAAGAGACGGCCUCCGGGGAUUCUUCCCUCCACCUCCUCCCUCCUAACCAGGGUACCUGGGGGACAGGGAGUGUGAGGAGACUCUUCCGGAAACAGGAUCAGAUGAAGGAGGACCGGGAGCAGUUCUGCAAGCUAAGCAUCUCGCUGGCCUGGGACACCAACGUGAGCUCUGACCAAGCAGACGCUCUAGCUAAUCUGGAUCCAAAUGGUCACUGGCAGUGGAUGGAUAGGUGGCCAAAAGACAGGACGAAACUGACCCCCUGCAAACUGGACAACCUAGUACAGAAACUCGAGACAUUUCUAGAAAAAGAAGAAGGUAGCCAACAUGACAGCCCUCUGCAUCCUGAAUCUACUCAGAAGGAAGACGUCCACAUGACCAGCGUGCCCCCUCCACAUACAGCCUGGGUCAGGCACGAAAAACAUGACAUUUGUCAAGACUUGCCCAAGCAUAAAACACCAAAAAAUAAAGAUAGCUGUCAGGCCCCAGAGAAUCCUCCAAGGCUACAGGAAGAUGAAGUUAUGCAGGAGAUAGGUCAGGCAGCCAAGAGCUCACUGGAGACCUCCUCAGGGGUGCCCAUCCACCACGGGGAGGACGGUUCUCACUCAUACGGCACAUCCUGCCUGAACUUGCGGUGGGUCUUCCACUGGCUGAGGACACAAGUCUUCUCCCGACUGAGGAGAGAACACUCUAGCCAAGACACCACCAGCUGGCACCAGAAGGCAGCAAGGAAGAUACAUUCUCUCAGAGGCAACAGAAUCCAACCCCAAGAAUGA